AUGGCCGCGCGGAUAUCUGUUGGUUGCAUUGUUGUGCUGACCCCGGAUAAAAAUCCAGUAACAGGUCAAGAUGUACCCCAUGCACGUAGUGGCCAUUGUUGUGUUGCCGAUAGCAGCAGCGUGUAUUCAUUGGGCGGCAUAUACUAUGAUCCCCUAGAAAUAUUAAAUCUUGAAGAUGAAGAGAAUUUCAAUCCAGUUUUUCAAGAGGUAUGGUGUUAUAAUACAUCUUUGAAUAUCUGGAGUAAAGUUAAAAUGGAAGGAACAGUCCCACCAUUAACAGCAUCUAUGUCAUCAAUUCUAUCAGGUCAUGUUGUGUUUACGUUUGGUGGCUCUGGAUUCCCAUUUGGUGCUCGUAGCGAUAAUCGUGUUCAUACAUUCAACCUGAAAACACAGUGUUGGGCAACUUUACCUCUCAAAGGCGAUCUACCACAUGCAAAGUAUGGACAGGCCAUGGCUUUGGUGCACAAUCAGUAUCUCUAUGUAUUUGGAGGCUGUAGAAAACUACCUGAAGGAGGUCUGUUUGUCUUUGAUUCCGAUUUACACAGAAUGAAACUAGAGACGUACUGCUGGGAAAAAGUAAAAGAUCCUGUCAUGGAAGCACAAAAAAAUAGGAAAAGAAAAGAAAAGAAGAAAUCUAAUAAUGAUGAUGAGAAUGAUGCAGUUAAGAAGGAGAAUGAAGUGGAAGAGGAAGAAGAGGAUAAUGAAAUGUAUCCCCUAAGAAAUGGUUCUUAUCGACACCAGGUUGCAAAUGAUGAAGACAGACUUUAUGUUUUAGGAGGAGGAACUCUCUGGAGGGAGGUGUUUCCUUUUGACAAAAUCCAUGCAUUCAACUACGCAACAAGUAGAUGGGAAAUUCUAAGCAGUCACAGAGAUGGUCAUUGUGCAGAAGGGUUUCCGUCACCACGAAAAUAUCACACAUGUGUACAAAAAGGAGAUGGUACGACGGACUUUGGUCUGACUUUGGUAGCAGCUAAAUUCAAGUCCAUUAUGUUCGCCAAUAACCGCGCUGCAUCACGUUUUAAACUUGCCACUUUCUUUCCACAAAAAGUCACAGCAACUGCGGAUUCUGGCGAUCUCGGCGUGGGAAGCUACCGUAUUGUGGCAUCCCAACAGCAAGUACAUUGCGGAUAUUGGAUAACAACUUUUUUUCUUUUCCGCUCUUGA